AUUGAAAAAUAAGAAAAAAUAAUUGCCAAGUUCAUCAAAAUCUAUUCAAAAAUUAGAAAAUUACAGAAAUGCGAAUUAAUAUUUCAUAUUUUCAAUGGAAUAAAUAUAUUCUUUAAGAACUGAACUCCUUAAGUUUCAAUACAAGUGCUAAUUCAUAAGGAUUCUAAUUAUGCAUGUCUUCUGAGUCAAAUGGAGGAAUCACUGGAUAACACCUUGGAUUUAUCCAAUAGAAAGCUGAAGAAAUUGAACAAGCCCUCUCAGUCUGAUUCCCAUAUUAUUAACCUCAUUUUAGAUAAUAAUGAACUGCAGAGAUUAGAUAAUAUUGACUCCUUCACAAAACUACAGAAGCUUACUGCAAUUCAUAAUCAAUUGUUGAGGAUGUAUGGUGUCUGUCGUCUUCAUUCCUUGUAUACUCUGAAUCUUUCUCAUAAUGGGAUAUUAACAAUUGAGGGCUUGAAGGACUUGGUUAACUUGAAAUGGUUGUGCUUAGCUGGUAAUAGUAUUAAGACCAUUGAACAUUUGAAUACCAACAUCAAAUUGGAACAUCUGGAUCUAUCUGAAAAUGCAAUAACUCACAUAACUGAUUUAUCAUUUUUGAAAAACUUGAAGGAACUCUAUUUACACAAAAACAAAAUAAAUCAUUUGGGCCAGUGUGAACGAUUUUUACCAACAAGCUUAACUAUACUAACACUAGCUAAUAAUAACAUAGGAGAUUUAAAUGAGAUCUCUAGACUUGUUAAUCUUGUUAAUCUAAAGAAAAUAUCCAUAGCUAAUAACCCCUGUGUUAACAUGACUGGGAGUAACAUUGGCUUUGAUUACCGUCCAUUUAUUGUAAAUUGGUGCCUAAAUGUAAAUGUUAUAGAUGAUUAUGUAGUUGAUGCCAUUGAGAGUUUGAGAGCUGAAUGGUUAUAUUCACAAGGACGUGGUAGACAUUACAGAGUAGGAGAUCAGAGGGAACUGGUUCAGUAUUUAGCUACAGUUUGCCCCCUUACAGGGGAGACUCUGGAAACAGAGGAGGACAGAAAGUUGAGGUUAAUUUUGAGUAAGGCACAGCAUCACCAGCAACAAUUGAGAGAACAGUCAUCUACAAAUGUUACUCCUAAUCCAUCCCCAAUGACAAGAAAAAAAAUUAUGGCAAGUAAACAGUCACCUAGAUUAAGUGCGUCAAGACUAAACAAUAGGAAUAAGUCUCCUGAUAGAAUGUCCUCAAGUUGUUAUAGUACAAUCAGUGACUUGAGCAACCAUUCAAUCAUGUCCCAGAGCUUGGAUCCAAGCAUUUUUAGACAAAGUGUAUCACCAAAAAUGUCCAAUGAGGCGAAUUACAUCAUUCAAGAAAAAUGUCUAGACUCGGAACCCGUCAACAGUCCCCUCCAGGCCCUCUCGAAAAUGGUCCCCGUGCCGGAGUCCCUGAUGAGCCCCGAUUACCGCCCCCCACCCUUCGCCGGCCAGAACGGCUCCGUGCUCACCAACCUCGCCAUCCCAGACGCGCGUGCGCAUCCCAACAACACUUCGCCGGCGAGGGUCGUCCAAGUCCAAAAGGUUCGAACGUGUUCCCCGAGGUCGAACAGGUCGAGCGUGGGCCGGACGAGGGACAGGCUGGUGGCGGAGGCGAGGAAGGGUGGAUCGCCGUCGCCGGGCAGGCGGAAGAAGAUUGGAGGUGAUGGUGGAUCGAAUAAAGUGGAAUCGAACAAGAAGACCUCCAUACUGAGAGCCAGGUCUCCGAGUAGCGAAGAGGACUCGGAGAUGUGCAACGCCAAACUGCAAGCCAUCCAGAUGAAAGUGGAGGAGAGGAGGAUGCAGAAAGAGGAAGUAGCGAGUAAUUGCAGCGGGGAGGACAAGGUGGAACAGGCGGCGGUGUUUAUACAGAAAAUGUGGAGGGGGUUUUACGUAAGGAACAAGAACAAAGAGGUGCAAGAGAUGUUCAAGGAGUUGCAGAGCCAGAGGGCCAAUCAGUAUAUUCAAAAGUUAGCCACUGAUAUGGAAACCACUAAAGCAGCCCUGGAGAGUGAACGAAAAAUUCAAAUGUUGCAAACGGAAGCGAUCAGCGCCCUUUGGAAGAAAAUCUCAAACUUGCAACCGGCAGAAGGAGAAAGUUCGUCUGCUAACUUGAAUAUGACGAAUUUGUCUGUCAAUAAUGGCGAGGUCGUUAAAGAGUUGGCACAAACUUGUACAAUGCUACAAACACAGAUUCAGCAGUUGCAGUGCUCAAUGCAGGAUAUAGUCAAAGUUAUGACUGUUUUUAGUCAAACAGCUGGUAUCAAUCAUCAGUUGAGAGAUAAUGGAAUUGCCACUCAAACGGAAAUUGUUGCAGUUCAUACACCUCAAGGCGAUGCGGCCAAGGCGUUCCCGUUCCAGAAGCACCAGCCCCAAUCCCGGCCGUCCUCUCUGCCGCUACCUGUCCAAAGAAAGAAGGAUACUGUUCCGACGACCACUGACAAUGGCGAUUCUGACGUUUCUGAGCUGCGUCAGUUCGCUGGCACGCUGGUCGAUGGUGUCAUCAGAACGGUAUCAGAAACCGAGGCUGAUUGCCUGGGACUCGAUAACAUCACCGAGAUCACUGUGACGGAUACGGGAAAAGACGAUGAAGAUUCUGAUACGGUUUGAGUUUUGAUCAGUGGGGAUUAGAUCAUCGAAUACUGCCUGCUAAUUUGUUAUUUAUCUGGUAAGGAUAAUGAUAUGGAAGUUUAGGUUAAGUUGCAAUUGGUAGCUUAUAAAAGAGAGAUUAAUGGUUGCAAUUUUGCGAUACACUAUGGUUCACUAUUUUAUAAAAAGGCAAUGUAUGGAAUAGCGUU